CGUUGAUUAUUUAUCGUUAGUCUCGCUCUCGUCUGUUUAUAAACUUUGAAAUUCCAACUAAAGAACAUAACGUUUAAUCUCCUAGUCUUCUAAUACGGGUAUUUCAUAAUAAACGUUUUGUGUCCAUAAAAUGUCAAUUUCUGAUUGACUAUUCGGUAAUUAGUUUAUUAGCGUAGCGUGACAAGUGCAAAUAACGUGUCAGUGAAUGACCGGCUUUGUUUUUCAUAACGCUGAGCCAAGAAAUUUACAUAUUAAUAGAUAUGUUCGUCAAGGGAAUCUUUGCAAAUAGGGGGAGACGUGUCUAGAAGGGUAUUCACGACACGGUGGAUAAUUAGGACGAGAGGCAAGGAUUUCGUUUGACAAUUUAGAUCAUCCCUUGGGGCGAAACGAUAAUAGAUACAUCAUACAUCGACUGUUAAAUGAACGGCUGUGUGCCUUCUUUCCCCCUUCCCUUUCUUGCCCUUUCUUCGGGUCCCUAUAAAAUAAAGCGCACUUGACUUCAAUGGCACAUUCAACGUCUUUCCGUCUUCGCAUAUUCGUGUCUUCACGUUAUCACAUUUUCUUAUUCUGGUAAAGAGAGAAUCGUCAUUGUUAUUUAAUCUUACGCAACUAGAAACACUUGGAAGAAUAUCUUAGGGUCAGCAUUAAUUAUCUACGAGGCAAGAUGCUUGCCGCACAAACUAUCCGCAUAGCCGUGCUGCUUGCCAUUGUUCUUCUGUACGAUAAAUGUUCCGGUUAUCCUUCGGUAAGACAAAAACAAGAGAUGGCCCUUUGCACAGGAUGCGGCGACUUUUGCCACAAAUGCGAAUAUGGUGUUGUAAUAUCAAAUGCUUGCGGGGUUCCGCAAUGCGCAAAGGGACCCGAUGAACCUUGCGGAGGACGGGGAGAACGGCUUGGUAUUUGCGCCGAAGGCAUGAGCUGUAUAUGUAACCAAUGCUUCGGUUGUAGUUCGGAGAAGUUAAAAUGUUCCAAAAUUAAAGAUCCUUGUUGGCGUGAUUUUAACAUACCAGUAAGGCGGCCUGCUAUCAUGUAAAUCGAUAUGAUUGAUGAUCAUUUAUCGUGAAUCGGACGGUCACUUACACUUACCUAUCGAAGCGAACACCUGAAAUAUUUCUAAUUCUGUACACGUACGACGAUCCAACCAGGUGCCAGUUAACAUUAAGUUAAAUGCACGAUGGUUAUACUUUGCCAAUAUUUCAUUUACCCUUAAACACGCGCGUCGAAUGAUAAACCACUAUAACGAUACUACGAUUGGUCUUUAGCGACAGUUCGAAUCCAAUUGGAGAAGUCUAAUUUUAACGAUAAUUGAAAACGAUAAACGCGAUGAUUAGUUGCAUCUACAUAUGUAUAUCUUAUAUGCAGUUAACAAAGUGUGGAAAUGAAAAGGAGAAAUGAACGCGUUACGAAGGUGUAAAAUGAAAGGUGAAGGAGAUGCGAACGAGAGAAAGAGAGAGAGAUGAAAUACGUAGGAGAAAUAGAAUAGAAGAGAAUAAGGAGUGAAAUAUCGAAAGCAAGAUUACUGUAAUAUUAUUCGCUUUGCUCUCUUUUCUUGAUUUUUCUUUAGUCUGAUUAUUUACGUCACGCGUAAAAAAAAAAUAACGAUUCAAUCAAUUGUAGAUCAAUGUGUGUACGUUAUACAUUGUACAUUAUUCCUGACAAUUAAUUGAUAUUUGACAAUAAUUAAUAUUUUCAAUUUUGCGGAAUGUGAAAGAAGAAGGAGGAAAGGAAGAAAGAUAUAGUAUUAGAUGCAUUCGUUUUUACUUUUCAUAAAUAUAUUUUAUUAAUAAAUUUAUGUGCCAUAUGGGUACCGUUGAAACACGCAAGAACGCUAGGACAUUACGAACGAUAAAACACUUUGAUUUUGAACAAAAUAUUUUUAUAUCAGACGCUGUGUCAGAAAUACUAAUUGUCUCGUCAAUGUAUCAUUACUGCGUAUCUUACAUUUCGUAAAUAAAAAUGAAACGGAUCAUUCAAUCUCGUUGAUAAAUACUUGCUAUGUAACGUUUAAUUUCCUAAUACUUUCCCGACUUUCUACCGAUUUUGUCACGUCUUAUUAACGUUUCCUACUAUUGCUCAUCGUUUCCUUCCUUGGAAGAGAGAAAGAAUAGUCUGCUUGACCGUGCAGACACAAUGAUUUAUCUCAUUUAGUUUA